GCCAUGUAUAUAAAUAACCUGAAACCAAAUUAAACCUCAGUCAAGUAAUUAAGUUAGUUAAUUUGGAGAAGAAAUAUGGCUAGAGUGGGAACGUGCAUUGUACUAUCACUGUGCCUAAUAAUGGUAACCAUGGCAAUGGGUGAGCAAUGUGGCUACCAAGUCGGCGGCGCGUAUUGUGCAAACAGCCUCUGCUGUAGUAAGUAUGGGUGGUGUGGCACUACUUACGACUAUUGCUCACCGGAUGCCGGUUGCCAGAGCAACUGUUGGGGCGGUUCUACACCCACUCCUACACCUCCCACCCCCACUCCCGGAACACCUGUCCGCGCCACCUAUCAUUACUAUUUGCCAGAGCAAAACGGAUGGGAUUUGAUGGCCGUCAGUGCAUACUGCUCCACCUACGACGCCAAUAAGCCUCUUUCGUGGCGGAGCAAGUACGGAUGGACAGCUUUUUGCGGCCCAGUUAGCCCCGGAUUUCCUGCUGCCUGUGGAAGGUGCAUCUUGGUGACUAAUUCAGCAACAAAAGCAUCCGAAAUAGUGAGGAUUGUGGAUCAAUGCAGCAAUGGAGGGUUGGAUUUGGACGUUGGAGUGUUCAACAGAAUUGACACCGAUGGCAGAGGAUACCAGCAGGGCCAUCUCGAUGUCACUUACUCCUUUGUCGAUUGUGGGGAUUCCCUUUUCGACCCUAAAAUCUCUCUACCCUUAUCUGCUUAAUUAAUUAAUCUAAUUUGUAUUUUGUGUAUGAGAAAUAAGUGCCAUGGCUUAGUCUUUGCCGUGAGUUACACGACGGCACGUGCUCAACUACUUAUGGAUUUUGUUAUCCAAUUUAUCUAGAGUUUAAUUACCUCCUUCCUUCCAAUAA